GGUAACUGCUCGACAAAAUGUCCCAGCUAAACACCUCUCUCCAUCCCCCCCAACGCACCACCUACACGGCUCCUCCAAAAUCCUCAGACCACCAUGCUAAACACCUUUCUCAAAACAACAUAACAACCUCACCUUCUCAAAAAUUCCCGGAUACAAACCUUCCCAUACCUGUUCCAUCCUCUGCACCUACCUGCAAAACCCCUAUCCCUGCACCCUGUGCCUCCAUUACCAAUGAUGCAGAACAUGUUAAGCUGUUCUUUGAGAGAUUUCCGUCAUGGGUGGACUAUCAAGAUCUGAAAAGGGCUUUUUUCAAACUUAGCCGGGUUAUCAAACUUUUUGUAUCCAAGCGAAAAACUGUUCUUGGAAGACGAUUUGGUUUUGUGGACAUUUCAUCCUCCUUAUCUGUCUCAACUCUCUGUGAUCAAGCCAGCCGGAUUUGGUUUGAUACGUCUAAACUAAUAGUGAACCCACCUAAACAUCACUCCCUUAAAACUUCCCCUUCACCACCAAAACAAUUACCCAAGCCUGCAACACCAUACCACCUCCAGCUUUCUUUGAUAGAUCAUAGAUCUUUUGCUGAGGUACUCACAUACACAAAACCUCAAAUAGCCACUACAAGAAGAAGAAUGGUGCAAUACGAAUCCACGGAGGAAGAUAAGGAAUGGUUAUAUAGGAGCUUGGUAGGAAAUAUUCUGCCAAAUGUUAACGUUGCAACCCUGGAGGCAACGAUAUUGAAAUCAGUUGCUAAUACUGUGAGCUUCAGAUUCCUAGGAGCUAGUCAGGUGAUCAUCACCUUUAUGGAUCAGUUGGCUUCAAAGAAAGAACAAGACAAUAAGGAGUCCAUUUUGAAAUCACUACUCAGCAACCUUAGACAGUGGGAAGGAAGGACUAGAGCUUAUGAUAGAUUUGCUUGGAUAGCCAUCUUUGGCUUACCAAUGGAAGGUUGAAACAGAAACUGCUUUGACACUAUUCUGCAGAGUUGGGGAACUAUUGCUGGUUACGACACAACAUGUGUUAGUCAAGGGUCAAUAUCAGGUAUCAGGGUUCUUAUUAGAACCAUAAAAAUGGAACCUUUGCAUGAUGAGGUGAGUCUCAAGCUUGACGGAAUACAAGUUGAGGUCCUUUUAAACGAAAUAAAGGGUGAGUUCAUCCCUUCCCUCACAACAGUCAAACACUCUAUGGACGUAUCUCUUUACACAGAAUCUAUGCUAUCCGAUGAUGAAGAAGAGUAAACGGAAACUAUCUCUGCAGCAUCAAUCCCCAGGGCUUCAGGACAAAAUACUGAGUUUGAAUUCAUUUGUAUGUUGGGCAAUCAAGAUCAGAACGACAUCACAUUUCUCAACACUGGCAUAUCACCGCUGUACCUGCAUCCAGAAAUUACAGAAUUAUGCAGCCAUACAACUUUACCUGAAGAGCUGGUGUACGAAGACGGUAACCAUUUGGCUUUGGUAAUAUAUGAUAAUGCUGGGGUGGCUACAACUGAUCCUAGAGAGGGAGAUGUGCAACAAGUCGUGUGUAUGCUUGAAAGUGAUGGGUUGGAUCAGGAGAAGGGUUACAAUAAUGGAGAUGUGAAGAAGAUGGGCCGGGUAAAAAAGCAGAAGCCCUUCAGAAUGGACCAAUAUAAGGGUAAUAGUAGAAGCUCAAGCAUUGGGCUGUCUUUCGCAAAUUUUGUUAUCCCCAUUGCAGACCAAACUGAACUCGUUGAUCUAGAAUUGCAAAAUAGGAGAUCUCAAAGGAAUAAAGCAAAGAAGCUGUCACGUAGAGCACCGACUGUCAAGAGAAGAAAACCACGAAAAAUGGGAAAUCAAAGUUCCAAGAAAACUGAGUUAGGCAUAAUUGAUUACUCUGUCUCUGAUAAUGGAAUCGUGAAUAGAAAUGUCAUUAUUCGAUCUGGGAAGGAAAUAGCUGGCGAAGAUGAGGUAACCAGCUCGCACUCUCAUAUCUCUCUAACAUCUAGUGAUCCGGCACGUGAACCAAUACAACCUGACCUCAGGGAAGAAGCAACUGCUUGCUGGGAUGUGGGAAAAGCGGUAUUGCAAGUCCAUGAUGAUAGCCAUCUCAUGACACAGACACUGCAGAGCUUUAUAGAAAAAGAACAGGAGUGGAUGAGAAGGAAGGAGCAGUAAGGAUGCUGUUUCUGUCUCAAUGAAGGUGACUUCAAUGAAACUCUUUUCCCAUCAGACAGAAAAGGAGGCUCUAGAAUAUCUUCUGCCAUGAUAAGUUUUAAGAAUUGUAUUGAUUGUUGUGAUCUUGUUGAACUUCCUUUAAAAGGGAAAAAAUUUACGUGGUCUAGGGCAAAUGUUGCAAGUCGUAUUGAUAGACUAUUUGUGUCGGGUGAUUAGCUUCAGUCUCUCCCAUCUUCUACUCUGUAUGGGUUGUCGAAGAACUUCUCUGAUCAUAGACCUCUGCAUAUGCUAAUAGAUUCUACAAACUGGGCCCGAAGCCCUUCCGGCUUAUGAACUGCUGGUGGCUCAUAUCUGGCUUUAGAAAGAUGAUUCAGGAUUAUUGGAAUUCAACCUUGACAAUCGAUG